UUUCGAACAUUCAAGAAUCGAGAGAAGGCAACACGUCCACGUGGUAUGUGUUAGCCGGUCAGACACGUUGUUGAUGUUGUUAAUAUCAUAUAAAAAAAUUAUUAUAACAGUUAUUUGUUUUUGAAUUCACUCGGAAUUUAGUAUUUAGAAUACUAUAAGUGUGUGGUAUUGUGAGAAUUGUUUAUUUUUCGGAUGAAUUGUCAUUUAAACGAUGGGUAGUGUCGUUCAUAAAGAAACUAACCGUGGAUCGAUCAAGUUAUGGCCCCGUACCAUUCACGUCAAUUGCUAGUGUGGACAUUGCCAACUGUAGCCGUUCUACUCAGCUAUUUGUGGUUCAAAAAGAAGAGAAUUGGACCUCGAAGUGACCCGGGGGAUAAAUCGACGUCGCGCAAAGAGGAAAUCCAAGAAAAAUCUCUAUUCGAGGAAUUGAACGAGGCGGAACCGACGAUUCCGACGGCGUCUUCAACGCCGAACAAAUCGUUUUCCAGAUCCCUCUCCGGCGUGGAAUCGUCUCCCAUAGAUAUUGUCAUACCCCCGGAAUUGAGGGCUACGAAAACUACCCCUCGAGUCGUAUCCGACGAGGACCUCGAUUUGGAAAUCGAGAAAAUUAAAUCGAUGAAAAACGGACAUUCGUUUUCCGUUAAAACGGACUCGCCCGCCGACGAAAAUAUUUGUUCGAAAGCGAAGAAAAAUCAGAAGAAGGAAUCGGGGAAAAUGGCCCAGAAAGAUAUGGCCAUUGUCGAGGAGAAAUUGACCACUUUGAAGAUCGGGAAAAAUAAAGAGUGUCCCAAGAAAAGGGAACAAAAAAAUACCGAAAGGGAUUCCGCCAAUCACAGUCCUUCCGAUGUCAUGUUGGCCAGCCCUUCGUUAAGCAGCAUCUCCGAUAAUCAUAGCGAGGGUUCCAGCGAUAGCGGCAAAGGCGGCAGCGACGUAGCUACCCCUCCCCCUUCCCGAACCCCAAACAUCGACGUAACCGCCACGUUGCCAACUUUCUACGAAUUCGUCAUACCGCAAUCUUUGGUAGGAAAAUUAAUCGGCAGAAACGGCAGUUUCGUAUCUCAAAUAAGGAACACGACCAACGUUUCGGUAAUAGUCAGGGCGCAUCCGAACAAUAACAAAAUGAAAAUUUGCUCGAUAGAAGGCGCCACCCAGCAAAUCGAGACCGCUUUGAAAAUGAUCAGAGACAAAUUUCCUUCUAAGAGAUAUCCCGAAGUUACGUUGGAACAAAUAGAUUUGACGCCGGCGCCCCCCGUAGUCUCCCUAAUUCCCGAUUAUUUAUACUUGAAGCUCGUCGAAGGUAUCAACAACGACACCGUUUUGAGUUGUCUCGUCGCCCCCAAUCACCUGUUCCUCCAACAACCCACCCACCCCUCGUUCCCCAGUCUAAAUUUAUUGACGAAUUGUAUGAACGCGUGUUAUUCCCAAAGCGAUUCCCCCUUGAUACCAACGCCGGUGGCCGAUAAUACGGUGUGCGCCGCUUAUUCCGUCAACGCCUGGUACAGGGCGAUCAUAUUAUCUUCGGACGUACAAAACGAUACGUCCUAUAUCAGAUUUUUGGAUUACGGCGGUUUCGCUUGGGUGGAAAAUUCGAAACUUCGACAGAUCAGAGGGGAUUUUAUGUUGUUGCCUUUCCAGGCGGCCGAAUGUAUUUUGGCGAAUAUUAUGUCUAUAAACGAGGAUGGAUCCUGGUCUGAAGAUGCUUAUAAUUUAGUAGCCGAUGUUGCCAAAGGUUCCAUAAUGUAUACGCAAAUAGCCGAUUACACGGAAGACGGAAUACCACUCGUAUUAAUAUACGUAGUUGUAGGAACGCAGAACGUAAUAUGUUUGAACGAACAUUUGGUGAACAACGGUUUCGCUCAGUUCGUACCGGAGUCCCAACCUGUCUACGAGGAAAAUCAAGUGGAACAAGCAGAUUGCGGCGUGUCUACAUGAGCGUCGCGUUCGUUUUUUUUUUUUCUCUUUCGCCCACAAUGGGUUUACUUUAGUCACUUGGUUAUCCUCCAAGCACUCGUUAAAUAGUUGAAUUAUCACUUUUAACUGUCGCUCUUUUUAUUUUUUUUUUGACAUCCUCUAAUCUGUCGAUUCGGUUUUUAUUUAAAGCCCGGCUUACAUCGACCGGUUUUAAUCGCGCGAUCAAAAUUUCGCGCCUUUCAUCCGAAGUCGAGUUCGCGCCGUCCGGUUUUAAUCGUACAAAAACAAUCGCGUUAAUUUGACCCGUGAUUAGUAGGGUUUUAUCGAUUUUCAUCUAAAGCAUAGUUCACAACGACCGGUUUUAAUCGCACGAACAUAAUCCUAUUAAUUAAUCGAUAAUUGGAAUCAGUUUUAUCUAAAGCAUAGCUCACAACGACCGGUUUUAAUCGUACGAACAUAAUCCCGUUGAUUAACCGAUAAUUGGGAUCAGUUUUAUCUAAAGCAUAGCUCACAACGACCGGUUUUAAUCGUACGAACAUAAGCCCGUUAAUUAACCGUCAAGAUCACGUUGAUAAAUCCCAUAAACAGUUGGAUUUUUUCAAUUUUUAUUUAAAGCGUGGUACACACCGACCGUUUUUCACCGCGGGAUUAAAAUCUCUCCAAAUUAUCUUCCCAUAAGUUAUUUUUCUUCUAUUUUCGUUCAAUAUUUGAAAUAAUUUUUCUAUUUUUAUCUAAAACCUGACACACACCGACCGUUUUUAAUCGUACGAUUUAAACACCGCUCGUAAAGAGUCUCAAUUUCAAUUCGGAGAUUAUAUAGGAAUAAAUAGAGCGACAGUUAUUAUUGUUGAUUUGAUAUUUUUUUUUUCUUUUCGUGAAUGAUUCGAUAGUUUAAGUGAUUCAUUGUUUCUACCCAUUCGAUUCAUUUUCCGAUAUUUUAACAAUAAAUUUAUGAUUUGUUAUGAACG